CUCAAAAUUUUGUCCAGAAUUCUAGAAUUUUUACAAAAUCAUUGAUUACUUUGCUAAAGUUUUGCUUAAAAUUAUUGACAUAUGCUAAUUUAAACAAGACCUUUGUAAAUAUUCUUGUAGAACAUGUAGUACAUUAAUUUUACAAAGUCAGGAAUGUGUUGAUUGUUUAGAUUCAGUUCCUGUCCAAUCGGCAGCUGUAGCUGACCCUCAGAACCAUGUGUCUGAUCAGCAGCCUCAACAGUCAUCAAACCCUGGUAUUCCACCAACUAACUUCCAAAACAAGAUCUACCAAGGUCAAGGACAAACAAGUUUUCAAGUACAAGGUCAAGGUCAUCAAGCCCAGCAGCAAGUACAAAGUGCACAGGCUCAACCUGUGCCAGGUCAUAGUUUACAAGGUACAAAUGGAAAACAGCAGGUGUCUUCCAGUCUUAUUGGAUCACCUUAUCAGCAGGGAAGUACUGCAGGAUUCAAUAACAUACCCAGUCAGCAGCAGCAGCAGCAGGUGAAUAACCCUAUGUUGAAUACAGGUGUAGGACAGCAGACUGGGUUCCUACCUAAACAACAAGUUCUACCUCAGAAUGGACCAAUGAUGAACCAACAGAUGCAGGGGUCAUACUGGGGUCCCCAGUCAGGCAAUCUAGUGGGACCACAGUCAGGGUCAGGAUAUUAUGACCGGUCAGGUUACCCUAGGAUGCCAGGAGGAUUGGGUAACCGGCCCCUGUACACUGAUGAUCUAACUGGCAGACAGGGUUUGCCAAUCAGGCCUGUUCAGGGGAUGGAUAAUUCACAGAGAGUGCCAGACCCUCACAGGCAGUAUAUGCUAGGAGAUCCAAAUGGUCAGGAGAAAAGCUACCAACUUGACCCGCACAGUGACCGACACUAUAUAGCAGAGGCUGGUCCUGAUAAUCAGUUUGGGAUGGAUAGACAGGGUCCCUAUAGAAACCACCCCUAUAGCCCUUUCUCAGACGAGCGGUAUGACCAAUACGGAGGUGAUGCCUUGCCAGAUAGUAAAUUUCCAAAUGAUGACCAGUACUACAAGGACAGAAAUUUUCAACAAAAUGUCCAAAGUCACCAUAAGGUAUUCAGUGACAAUGAAAAUGAAGCAGUCCAGCAGAAGCCUACUAAACCUCCAACCACCACUACUACAACUACUACCACCACCACUACCACACCCACUACAACCACCACUACCACCACUAAACCUACCACCACAUCCAGACCGACAACUGCAACCCCCACCACUACCACCACCACCACCCCACCUCUUCCGGAUAUCCCUAACACAGACAGGCAGUUUCAGCAAUGGGGUGAGCACAUGACUGGGUCAAACAGAAAUGCAGGUUAUCCAGAUCAGCAAAUAAAUAGUCAAGGCAGAGAAAAUAACAUGAGACAAGAUAAAUCAGACAUGAAUUCACCAAGUCAGAGAGGAGGCCAGACUAGUGUCCAGUCAAAUAUGUCUGGCAAAAAGUUUAGACCUAAUGGUCCUGCCAAUGACGGAAGGAAGUAUGGACCAAUACCAGGGGAGGCAACCAAGUCACAAUCCAAGGUCAGUGGUCCAGUAGGGCGACCACAGCAGCCUGGAAGACCAAACCGAGUACGCCCCAAUGGGAGGAAGCAAUUACGACCAGUGGGUUAUAGCAAAGAUGGAUUUCCAUACUACAACACUGACUACCGGGGUCAACACUUCCAGAACUAUAACUGGGACCCACAGUACGGCGGAGACUAUCUCACAUACGACACCAACAACUAUGGGGAUGAAGCUCCAACUUACGAUUACGAUAUGUUCCAUAAAGAUUUCCAUAAAAAGGAACCACCUGUAGCAGCACAGACCAUAAGUCAGGCACCUGGCCAGGCAGUUACAAGGAAGCCAGUAAAAACAGUGACAGAAAAGGUUUCUCCAACACCCUUUCCUAAAACCACACCACAGCCUACUAAAGAGAAAGUUGAUACAGUUGACAAAAAACCUUCAACACAUGAAGAGACAAAAACAGAAAAGACACAACCUAAGGUAACAGAGGUCCUAGAGAAAACAGAAUCUAAGACCGCUCCAAAGCCUACAGUCAAGGUGGAACCGGUGACGUCAAAUAACUCAAAGUCUGCAAGCAAUAAUGUAGGAACAGAAAAAGGUGUUACAAAUCCCACCAAAGCAGAAAGAGUGGAAGUAGCAUUCGGGGAGGAGGAUGGAUUGGUGAUUGUGGAGGCCCCAACGGACAGCUCCCAGGGACCUAUAGUAGCACUGGCCCUAGGUCUAGGGGUCACCAUGAUGUUGCUUAUAUAUGUAGGGUGCAGGUUACGUAAUGUUAAAAGAAGGAUAAGGAAAGGUAGGGCUCUGCAUUCAAACGAAGCAGAUUAUUUGAUCAAUGGAAUGUACCUUUAAUAGGUCAAUAUUUCAUGUAUUCACAUAUUUCUCUCGUGAAAUAAAAAAAAAAGUCAAGGUUUUUUGGGUAAAGAUCAGAAGAGUUGUAAGAUGAUAUAUUUGAAAAAUAUGGCAAUACACAAUUAUGAAGAUGUACUAAGAUUCUUUUGUACAUAUUCAAAUUAGUUCAUUUUACUUAAAUAUAUAUUAAAAAAAAGGAACUGAAAUCUGUUAAGGUCGUUCAUGGUUACAAGAAAAUGGUAACACUGUGUUAAAGGUUAGCUUUAAUGUUCUGUUUUUAAAAUUACAAUAUUUUGCACUGCAAAAAAAAUAUGGUAAUCUAAAAUUUUCUUAGUAUUAUAAUUGGGGGAGAUAACGGGUAAAACAUAUUUACGUAGGAAAGGAAGUGAAACUAAAUAUUAUUAUACAGGAGAUGGUAUCUCAUGAGUUAUAUAACCAAAUAAUAUAUAUUUACUAAAUUUACAAUAUGUCAUCUUGUAGAAAAACUACAAUAUGUAAGCCUCAUCAGAUCACAAACUUCUGAUGAACAUUUCUAUCUUAUCAUCAUAAAGCAAAAGAUUUUUUUUAGCAGCUCACCAGGUCAUUGAUUAUGAAAUGCUUCUCAUAACAGCAACAUUGCCAAAAACUAUUAUGUCAAUGCCUCCUUUGUACGCUGUGAUAAUAUGAUGCUGUUUCAUUGUAAAUAAAAUAUAUAUUUUGGUUAGGGUGUGAAUGCAAUGAGGUUGUUUUAGGAUACCAAGUUAAGACCAUUUAAUUCAGCAUUCCAUAUUUCCUUUUAUCUUCAAAAUUCACCCAAAAAACAUUUACUUGUAAAUAACAAUAUAAGGGUGGUAUGGAUAAACAGCUUAUUCUCUAUUUCUUUUUUAUAUUCCCUUAAUAAUUACUUUACUUAAAAAUAUACUCUUCAAAAACUACCUUAAGCUUUAAUAACAUGGGUAAUACUGUAAAGUUGGUAUUUAAAUAUUUGUGGCGGAUUUAAUUUUGUUUUAUUCACAGUCAUCAAAUUGGCCCCAAAUUAAAUGCCCAUGUGAAUUUCAAUACCAUAUAGAUACAGAGAUAAGUGAAGAAACCUGUUUUUCCCUUUUUUACUGUCAAUAAUGGAGAUAAACACCAAUUCAAUAUCAUAUUUUGAAGCGCCUGUUUGGGGAAAGUAUUCUAUAUUUGCUAAAAUGGCAUAUAUAUGUUAAAAAUACUUUCUUAUGAAAGAUAGCAAUUCUAAUUUUGGUGAAAUUUGAUCCCUGGAAGUUAAAAUUAUUAUUUUGAUAAAACACUUGUUAAAUCAAUCCGAUCACCUCAAUACAAAAAUAUCCUCAUGAGUGCAAAUGUCAAAUAUCUAGUCUAUGAUGACUUUUAUUGUCACUCUACUGUACAGAUAUUUAUGACUGGCAAAAUCUAUUAUUUGAUAACGAUUAAAUACUGUACUAUAUUAGUGGGUGAUGCAAACAGAAAAACUGCAUAGAAAAUAAUAGAUUAACCAAAGUUAUGGUAUUAAAACAAUAAUUUGUAAUAUCUGCGCUUGCUACUAACAUAGUGCUCUGUUCAGUGCAUAUAUUAGGUUUUUUUCCUUUAAGUAUUAUAUAUAAAAUCAACCAUGGACUUGUUUAUAUCAAGGUAACAUACCUAAUAGUUUACAUUCUUCAUCAUACAUGUCAUCUUGACUUAUGAUCCACCUAAUUGUUUAUAAAAGACUUACCAUACUGCCCUUAUAUUUACAAAGAUGUUAUCAACUGGUAAGCCUCAUUUACAGAGAUUUUAUUAAGCCUCAAUGUUACUUAAAGUUUCAAUUUACUGUCCAGGAAAAAAAUAGUAAUUAUCGAAAUCUGAUUGUGUUUCUUGCAAUAGCUACAUACUGUUUUUUCCAUUUACACUCUUGUAUGAAAACAUUGUUGUAACUCAAAUAUUCUGUAUUAAUUUGUUCAUUUACUUAUUAAGAUUUGCUUUAUCUAUGAAAUCCAUGACUUGAUACUUCUAUUUGUUCUAGAAAAUGUCAGAAAUCCUAAAACAAGUGUUAAAAAAAUCCUCAAACAUUGACACAAAUUCUUUUUGUUUUGUUUUUGAUAGUUCUCUUUUCUUGAUUGAUCUAACAAAGCUUCCCUGUGAUAAAGCUUGCACGUUAUAUAUUUGAGGUCAAAAUGUUCAGGAUUUUCGUUCGUUAUAAGUUUUCUUUUUAUAUAUUUGCUUUUGUAUUUUGGUAUUUAAAAAAUGCAUGUUUUCCCACUUAUGUACUGGUAAGCCCGAAGGCACAUAUAAUAUUUACCUUAAAUUAACUGAAGAAAGACAUUUUUGUUUUUUUGGUUUUUAAAUGCAUUUUCUCCCACGUAUGUUAGCCUGAUGGCAUGUAUUAAUUACAUUUACCUUCAAUUUACUGUAGAAAGACUGUCUAGAUGUUAAUUAUGACAAUUUUGUCUCAUAUGUUAUAAGACAAAAAAAAAGGAUAAUAUGAUAUGAUUUCAUCUCAGUUUCACAUGUUAGUGAAAUUUAUUGAUAUUUAUCAUUGUUGAUAUUGUUUAUUUCGUUUUAUAUAUAAUUCUAGGUUAUUGCGUAUCAUAUUGUGAUUUCUAUUGUGUUCUAUGAAAAUUACGACUUUUGUGAUUUUUUAACCUAUGUGCUAGGUUUUGUUAAUAGUAAAACAAUGUAACAUUAUAAACAUGUAAUUCUACUGAAGCUGAUGUGUUACACUUGAUAGCAAGGAAAGUCCAAACUGUCAUAAAGUUGCAAAAAUUGAAACUUCUGAUCUGAGAAAAAUAUUAUCAUUGUGAAAAUAUAGAGCAUAAUUUCAAUUUGGAGAAAAGAAUCCCGACAGAAAGAAUUCUACAGAUUGAUUCCUUGAUUGAUAUAGUGCUUGGUAAGGUUUGCUUGAGGUUAAACGUGGAGUAUAUCCAAGUCCUAAUACUGCACUGGCAUCCAACAUUUUGUUAUUGAUAUCUAUUUGUAGGAUUAAGUCAUUGUAUUCGACAUCCAACAUUUUGUUAUUGAUAUCUAUUUGUAGGAUUAAGUCAUUGUAUUUGCCUAUCUAGUUGAAGUAAAAUCCAUCAGAUCAAAUUAAAGAGAAUAUUUUUUUGCAUUUAGGUGAAUUGAUAAAUUCAAAUGAUUUAAUACUUUUAUGUCUAUUUUUUCAGCAUGUGUAAACCAAUUUCAUUAAAGAGACCUCAGUUUGAAAAUUUAGAAAAAUCAUUGAUGUUUUAGUUUAACAUAGUUUCAAAAUGUAACAGGAGAGAUUUGUAGAUAGUUAUAGUAAGUAAUAACUCUCAAUGAUGAACCAUUCUUUUAAGAAAAAUUAAGCAUAAUUUGCCAGCAUGUACCAAAGGAAAUCUCUAUACAUGUAUUAAUUGCUUUAGAUAUAUAUCAUUGCAAGUAUUUCUCAUUAAAAGUAAGCGCUACAUGUGCUCUCUAGUAUUAAAUUUUGGAAAUUAAGCAUGUCACCACACAAGCUUGACAUUUACAUAUCUAAAAUUAGACCCCUUUUUCAUUCACAUUUUGAACUUUCAAAAAAAGUAUUAAUUUUCAAAUGUUGCUUUUAAAUAGACAUUUCAAUAUCUAAAUGUCAAAUAAAAAAAAGAAAUAUUUCUGUGAUCUUAAAGAAGGUCAUACUUUACCUUGAACAAAUUAAUUUUAUGAGAAGUUCAGAAGAUACUUCAAUAUUGAAGAAUACAAGUGUUUUCAGAGGAGGCCAGAUUGUUGUAAAAGUUUCUUAAAAUUCAAGAUUUAUUUAUUCACUCAUGACACCCAAGGUGUGCUACAAGAGGUCAACAUCUUAAUACAUUUCUAUUACAAAGCAAAGUGAGUACAGAUGUUUUAUAAAUACAAAGCGGAAAUAUAUAAUGCUACAGAAAUGUUAUAAUUUGUUCUGAUAUUAUCGUAUGUCACUUAAAGCCUUAAUUGUUUUCUCUAGAAAACGUCUAUUCUUUUUUUACGAUUACUUUAUUACAUAUUUUUCACUUAAACAAACACCAUUGAAAAUCUUUAAUUAGUAACUAGAGAUAAUUGAUUUAUCAUCAAUGGCACUGUUAUUUCAUAAACAUUUCCUGAUUCGUUAGAGUCUGACUUGCAUUGCUUUAUUCAAAUGAAAUAUUUUGUACUUUUUCCAUUCUACAAGGUGACAUUUUUAUACAGUUUAUUUUAAUUUCAGAACACCCACCCAGUUUUCUUUAUGUGGCAGAGUUAUAGUAAUAAGGUUGAAGUUCACAUUCCUAAUUUCUUGUACAAUUAUGGUUAUUCAGACUUUUGUAUUAAAACAAAAAACAACUAA